UUUGCUAACUACAAAAUUUUUUGGAAAAAAAAAAAAAAAAACUAAGAAAAAGAGCUUCUUACUUUUAUAAGUUCAUCCAAACAAGGCAUUAGGCACCGACUGUUGGCGCCAAAACCAACAUCAAUCCCUCCCUCCCUCUCAACUUACACUCUCUUUAUAGUUUUUCCCACUCGAACCCUAACCCCCUUCUUCUGCUUUCAAACUCCCAAAUUAUUUCCCUUUUAUAAAACGAAGAGAAACCCUAACAAGUGUGUAAUGAGGGGUGGAACUGUUCAGAUCAAUUGGCACGACACGAAGCCCGUCCUCACCCUAGAUUUCCACCCUCCCUCCGGAAUUCUCGCCACCGGCGGCGCCGAUUUCGACAUCAAGCUAUGGCUGGUUACUUCGGAUGAAGUUCAAAAGAAAACCCCAACAGCUUCUUAUCAGAAUAGCCUUGCUUACCAUGGUUCAGCUGUAAAUGCUCUUCGCUUCUCACCUUCUGGGGAACACCUUGCCUCUGGUGCUGAUGGAGGUGAGCUGGUCAUAUGGAAGUUACACACUACUGAUGUAGGUCAAGCAUGGAAAGUUCUCAAGACAUUAUCGUUUCACCGUAAGGAUGUGUUGGACCUGCAGUGGUCUACUGAUGGUGAAUUUCUUGUUUCUGGAUCGGUUGAUAAUUCUUGCAUUAUAUGGGAUGUUAGCAGAGGUUCUGUGCAUCAGAUCUUAGAUGCUCAUCAACAUUAUGUUCAAGGUGUGGCAUGGGACCCGUUGGCAAAGUACAUUGCUUCAUUGAGUUCUGAUAGAACUUGCCGGAUUUAUGUGAACAAGCCUCAAAGUAAAGCAAAAGGAAAUGAGAAGAUGAAUUAUGUUUGUCAGCAUGUCAUUGCAAAGGCGGAACCUCAGAUUCUAGAUGAAUCCAAGUCAGUUAAACACCAUCUUUUUCAUGACGAGACGCUUCCAUCUUUCUUCCGAAGGUUAGCCUGGUCUCCUGAUGGAUCAUUUUUACUUGUGCCUGCAGGUUCUUGCAGAAUCUCUCCAGCAUCUGAACCAGUUAACACCAGUUACGUUUUCUCUAGGAAUGAUCUUACAAGGCCUGCUCUACUGCUCCCUGGUGCCAGCAAACCUGUCGUUGCAGUGCGAUUCUGCCCUUUGGCUUUUAGGCUUAGAGCUUCAAACUCAGCUGCUUUCUUCAGGCUUCCACAUCGCCUUGUUUUUGCAGUGGCUACUUUGAACUCUUUAUAUAUCUAUGACACUGAAGGCAUUCAACCAAUUGCAAUUUUGGCUGGACUCCACUAUGCAGCCAUUACUGAUAUUGCUUGGUCACCGUCAGGAAAAUACUUGGCAUUGUCCUCUCAAGAUGGUUAUUGUACUCUUGUGGAAUUUGAAAAUGAUGAACUAGGAUCACCGAUCUCGUUAUCAGUCUGCUCAGAAGGAAAGAAAUUAGUGGGUGAUGAGAGCAAGGGCGCUGUUCAGAAACCAGACGAUAAUGGGAUGGAAGGAUCUCAGAACAAAGGCAUUCUCAGUUCUGACAGUGGAAAAACAGAAAUUGAAAAAGAUGAAGGAAAGCAACCAUCAGCACCUCCGGUAGUUACUCCCUUGCAAAAUAAGCCUGCUAAGCGGCGCAUUACUCCAAUGGCUAUCGAUUGAAAAUCAUCAUCAACCUUUUACCCUGUAUAUCUCAGUGAACUGUACUUUGUAAUUUCAAACAUCUAUAGAACUUUGGCAACUUUUA